CGCAUGCACUGUUUCUGCGCCAUAUCCGUUGACAUUAGAGCCCGCCGCGCAUUGCUGCUCCCGGAUUCACUGGCGACAGUCACAGCCUUUCAUCAGCAUAUCUGCGGCUGAUACACAGUGCACGAGUGGCUUAGCCAGCCCACUCGCUAAACUGGAGCUGGCGCAGCAGUAACGGCCUCAGUAGUCGCCGCAGCACGCGCUUCACGGAUCGCUAGGCCCGAACAUGUCCGACUCGGGCGACUCGACCACAAACGACAGUUACUUUGAUCCGUCGUCGCCCGAGCACUCGCCGACGAGCGGCUGCGAGGAGGACAAGCCACAGACGGUGCCUCGCCUGGGCGGCACACCACCGUUGUCGUCCGUCGGCUUGAACGAGAAGAGUAGCGAUGGCGCCAGCCAACAACCGGCAGCGACGUAUCAGCCAGCGCUGCAGGAACAGCUGGUGAGUUGCGAAGAGUUGGUCUCUCGCAAGCGGAGCAUGACCCUGAACUUAGAAAGCCCUGGGGCAUGCCAACGCAGCAGCAAACAGGGGCGCUGUUCGAGCCUGCUCCCGUCUCCAGACCUGCAAAAUCUGGCGCUCUCGACGCCCGAGCUCGAGCGCCUCAUCAUUAAUCUCAACGGGAAGGAUUCGACGGUGAGUAGGCUGUUUUUGCUUACCAUGAGCGAGGAAGAGGAGUGCCUGAGUGACUUCCCCAACCCGCAGCCGCCGCAGCCCGCGCUUCACCAGGACGCCAUGUCCGGCCCGGACACGUCCGACUCGGUCGACUCGACCUCAAACGACAGUUCCAGCCAUCAACCGACAGCGACGUAUCGGCCAACGCCGCAGGAGCAGCUGUUGAGGUGCGAAGAGUUGGUCUCGCGCAGGCGGAGCAUGACCCUGGACUUAAAAAGCCCUGGGGCAUGCCAACGCAGCAGCAAACAGGCGCGCUGUUCGAGCCUGCUCACGUCUCCAGACCUGCAAAAGCUGGCGCUUUCGACGCCCGAGCUCGAGCGGUUCAUUCUUAAUCUCAGCGGAAGGGAUUCGACGGUGAGGAGGCUGUCUUUGCUUACCAUGAGCGAGGAAGAGGAGCAGUGCCUGAGUGACUUCCCCAACCCCCAGCCGCCGCAGCCCGCGCUUCACCAGCAAGCCACGUCUGGCCCAGACACGUCCGACUCGGUCGACUCGACCUCAAACGACAGUUCCAGCCAUCAACCGACAGCGACGUAUCGGCCAACGCUGCAGGAGCAGCUGUUGAGUUGUGAAGUGUUGGUCUCGCGCAAGCGGAGCAUGACCCUGGACUUAGAAAGCCCUGGGGCAUGCCGACGCAGCAGCACACAGGCGCGCUGUUCGAGCCUGCUCACGUCUCCAGACCUCCAAAAUCUGGCGCUCUCGACGCCCGAGCUCGAGCGGUUCAUCCUUAAUCUCAACGGAAAGGAUUUGACGUUGAGGAGGCAGUCUUUGCUUACCAUGAGCGAGGAAGAGGAGCAGUGCCUGAAUGACUUCCCCAACCCCCAGCCGCCGCAGCCCGCGCUUCACCAGCACGCCACGUCCGGCCCGGACACGUCCGACUCGGUCGACUCGACCUCAAACGACAGUUCCAGCCAUCAACCGACAGCGACGUAUCGGCCAACGCUGCAGGAGCAGCUGUUGACUUGCGAAGAUUUGGUCUCGCGCAAGCGGAGCAUGACCCUGGACUUGGAAAGCCCUGGGGCAUGCCAACGCAGCAGCAAACAGGCGCGCUGUUCGAGCCUGCUCGCGUCUCCAGACCUGCAAAAGCUGGCGCUCUCGACGCCCGAGCUCGAGCGGUUCAUCCUUAAUCUCAACGGAAAGGAUUCGAAUAUGAGUAGGCUGUUUUUGCUUACCGUGAGCGAGGAGCAGUGCCUGAGUGGCUUCUCCUACCACCAGCCACCGCAGCUCGCGCUUCACCAGCACGCCACGUCCGGCUCGGUCGACUCGACCUCAAACGACAGUUCCAGUCGUACUUCAUCGCCCGCGCUGCAAACGGUGCCUCGACUGAGCUCCACGCCGCCACAAUCGCCCAUCGACAUGCGCAACCGAGAGAGGAUAAGGCUGGAACGAAGGAGGGAGAGCAAUCGAAUAGCGGCAUUGAAGUGCCACCAGCGAAAGCUCGACCGUAUCUCUGAGCUCGAACAGAAAGUUAACGCGCUCAAGGCGGAGAAAACCGCGCUGGAAUACGACACCAGCGUCCUACGCCGCGAUGUGUACCAGCUCUUUCAGGUGGUGAGGAUGCACAUCAAGGCGGGCUGUACGAUGUGAUGGUGUCACGUGCCCCAUAAGCAUGCUCGGUGACUUGCUUGUGAGAUAAUUCCACGCGCGUGUUGAGUGCACACUCGCAUGUCCUUCAGUCUCCCCAACCCCAGCAGUAUAACAGCCUCGA